AUGCGACCCAAAGGCUUGGCACCCGGCUUGCUUUAUUUUGACAGGUACAUUGUUGUCCGAGAUCGCACCCGGCACACCAGAGGACGCGAGAAGCACAGAUCUGACGACUUUACCUUACGUACUGCCGAUGUCACUUCCAACGCUGCUCGACUUAGCAAGAUCGUAAUGCCUGCCAAGUCCAAGGCAAUAGCCUCGGUCGUCGAGGCUGUCACGUCAACCACGUUGAGAAGGAGCAGUCGCCAGUCCAUGGCCUCUGGCAGUUCAGGUCCGCGAGCUGCCUCGAAGGCUGCGUCUGCGUCGACCGCAGAAGGUGCAGUGAAGUCACCGCCGGCGAAACGAAUACGGGUCAAAGCCGAGCCUGAGAACGAACCCGUUGCCGCGCCCGGCCCUUCUCGACGCCGCUCGGGUGGAAAGACAGGUCUCAAGACUGAAGAGGCAGAGGCAGCAGUCAAGAGCGAGCAGGUCGAGGAUCCAAGUCUGGACGCAAAAUUACCUGCAACCAAGAAGCGACGGACGAAGAAGGAAGCGCUUGACCAGGACGAAAUCUUCCCUUCGCGGCCGUCCCCCCACCAACUGCUCUCGAACGGAAAGCAGCAGGGCAGCGACAGGCGAGGAAGCGGACUCUUCAUCGGCGCACAUAUCAGCUCAGCCGGCGGUGUCGAGAAUGCACCCCUCAAUGCGCUCAGGAUCGGCGGCAAUGCGUUUUCCUGCUUUGUCCGACCUAAGAUGCAGUGGGCGUCGAACCCUAUCCCGGACACGUCAAUCGAGCAGUUCAAGCAACGUGUAGCUGAACACAUGUUCAUGCCUUCUCCUUCAAGCCUGAAGACGGAACAAGGGAUCAAGCAGAAUCCUGAUUCGAUCUCUGACUCUGAAGCUUAUGGCUACGUCGUGCCGCACGGAUGCUACCUCGUCAACCUCGCCAAUCCCGACGAGUCCAAACGCGAGAAAUCCUUUGAAGCGUUCAUCGACGACCUUCGACGCUGCGAGCAACUCGGUGUUCGACUGUUCAACUUCCACCCUGGCUCCAUGACUGCCGCGUCAGCAGCAGGGGAAGAGCCACCAGACGUCGGACCGCUGUCCGAGAUCCGAGCCGCCAAAGCGGAUGCAUGCGCUCUAGUAGCCUCGUACAUCAACCGCGCUCACUCGCUCACAUCCUCGGUCGUCAUCCUGGUCGAGAACAUGGCAGGUUCCAAAAACGACACCAUCCUCGGUUCGUCCCUUGCCGACCUCGCCUCCAUCAUCUCCCGCGUCACAGACAGAUCUCGUGUCGGUGUAUGCCUCGACACGUGUCACGCUUUCGCAGCAGGAUACGACAUCACAACCCCCGACGCUUACUCCGCCUUCGCAGCGCACAUCGAUUCGACCAUCGGAUGGCAGACCGUUCGAGCCUGGCAUCUGAACGACUCCAAAUUUCCGCUCGGCUGCAAACGAGAUCGCCACGCGAACAUCGGUAGAGGAUACAUCGGCUUGGGUGGGUUCUGGAACAUUGUGAAUGAUGAGAGGUGGAAUGGGAUUCCGUUGAUCUUGGAGACGCCUGCGUUGGGGAAUGCGGGGAGUGCGUUUCCGGGUAAGCAGGGGAUGGUCAAGAUGCAUGAGGUGUGGAGUAUGCAGAUCCAGGCGUUGUAUAGUUUGAGGGGGACCAAGUGGGGUGAGUGGCAGGUGGCGGAGGAGUGGUUAGAGAGGGCGGACCGGGUGAUUGAGGAAGCGGAAAGGCUUCAUGCCGCUAAGAAGGGGGCGAAGAACUCGGACAAGAAGCCGAAAGCGAAGAAAAAGAAGAAGAAAGACGAGAGCGAGGAUGACGAGGAUAGCGAGCUCAGCGACGAGUGA